CCGUUUGACCUAGCAACGCGUAUCGAAUCAUAAUCAGCAAUUUCUUGAACUCCGUCCUACUGUUAUUGAACUGCGGAAAGAAUCUACUAGAUUUGGCUCGAGACUAUUGCGUUCCAUGUCCGGCGUCCGUGUCUUUUCUUUCCACAUUGGCGAUUCUGACAGCGAGCAGGUUCAGACGAACAGCAGUCGCAGCACGUCCAGCGACAGCUCCAGCGACAGUCGCGACGAUCGCACAGAUUCGCGACAGAGAAUAGUCGGCGACCCAGUGAGAGCGGAAAGCGGCGAGAAAAUAAGCUUUAGAACAAGGCGCGGGAGCGCUUCUCUGCGAGUGUCAGUCUUAGAGCACCUGGGCCAGGAUGUGGGGCUGCACACGUGGCCUUCAGCGGUGGUGCUGGGGGAGUAUCUGUGGCAGCAGCAGGGGUUGAUACAGGGGAGGAGUGUGAUAGAGCUGGGAGCAGGAACAGGCCUGUGCGGGUUGCUAUGUGCCAAGCUGGGUGCGCGAGUCACACUCACAGACGCUCACACCCAGUCGCAGCCAUUGCUUGUCCUUGCAGGUCCUCUCCACCCUCCAGCGAGCAGCGGAGCAGAAUGGCUUCUCCUGUACGGAUACCACUGGCACAGGGUGCAUGCGGACUCAUAACACCGAGGAGGGCCAUUCCGGAAGUGACCAGACUUUUCCACACCCUUCGUCUUCCAACGUUGUCCGCGUCAUGCCACUAACGUGGGGCGACUUGAACCCUGACGUCUUUAAUCUCCCCCCUGCUGACGUCAUCAUUGGAGCAGAUGUGCUCUACGAUGCUUCUGCAUUUGAACCGCUACUGGCAACGGCUCAUUUUCUCCUUGGGUUGAAGCAGGGUUCGGUCUUCAUCACGGCUUACCAAGCACGCAGCACCCAUGCCUCCCUGCACCUCCUGAUGCAGUCAUGGGGCCUCACAUGCAUUCACAUGGUGUCAGCAGACGAUUUUAUGCCGGCCAAUAAGCUUGCGACUCUUGGCGGGAGCGAGAUCUACGUUGCUGUGAUUGCUUCUGUAGCGGAUCCGUUUAUACCAUCGCACAUGGUUGCUCUGUACCUGUAAACUUAGGAAUCACCGAUUUGUGUUCAGAUGGCAAGGGUUUUAGAGACUGACCAGACGUUUAUUUCAAUGUUCCGUAUAAGACUGUACUUAGGAAUCACUAAAUUGUGUUCAGAUGGCAGGGGUUUUAGGAUCUACUGGUUGUAAACCGGAUCCACCUAAUACCAGUACA